GCGGAACAAGAGACAGGAUUGUGAUAUAAGAUCUGGCGUGUAAAAAGUAGAGCACAUAUUAUUCUUGUUUUAUGUUAUAAUUGAUAUAUAUAUUAAUAAUAUGGGUUUCAUAGAAGAUACCCUAGUUAUUCUUGUAACACAGGUAUUUUUCUUCGUAGGUGGUUGGGUAUUUUUUGUCAAGAAGUUAUUUCGGGACUAUGAGGUCCGUCAUAGAUUAGUGCAACUUAUAUUUUCAGUGACCUUUUCAUUGUCAUGCACCAUGUUCGAACUAAUAAUUUUUGAGAUUCUUGGAGUUUUGGAUUCAAGUUCUCGUUAUUUCCAUUGGAACCUCGUGCUGUAUGUGAUGCUUUUCAUGGUAAUUGUCCUCAUUCCAUUUUACAUAGGAUACUUCAUAGUGAGCAACAUAAGGUUUGUGAGACUGCAAAUGAUACAACCAUUGACCAUUUUGAUAUGGCUGGUGUAUAUCUACCUCUUCUGGAAAGUGGGUGAUCCUUUCCCCAUAUUGAGUCCGAAGCAGGGGAUCUUAUCCAUUGAGCAAGGCAUAAGCCGUAUAGGUGUGAUUGGCGUGACUGUUAUGGCUCUCCUGUCAGGCUUUGGUGCUGUCAGUUAUCCAUAUACAUCCAUGGCUUAUUUUAUGAGGCCAGUUAUGCCAUCUGAUAUACAAGCAAUCGAGAAGCGGUUGCUGCAGACUAUGGACAUGAUCCUAGCGAAAAAGAAACGCAUUGCUUUAGCCAAGAAGGGCUCAGUUGUAAAUGGGGCACAGAACAAACAGGGCAGUUCUGGUAUAUGGGGAAUGUUGAAGACUGUCACUACAUCUGUCAGCAAAGGAAGUGGAGAAAAUAUUUGGCAGCUGAAACAAGAGAUUGCUGGUUUGGAGGAACUGAGUCGGCAACUGUUUCUUGAAGCACACGAUAUGCAUAUUAUGCAGGAACGAUUACAGUGGGCCUCAACUUUCCAGGGGAAGUACUUCAACUUCCUCGGCUACUUCUUCUCUCUCUACUGCAUGUGGAAGAUUUUCAUAUCAACAAUCAACAUUGUUUUUGAUCGUGUGGGAAAGAAAGAUCCAGUUACACGAGGUAUGGAAAUAGCAGUCCAUUGGGUUGGAAUCAACAUUGAUGUGACAUUCUGGUCUCAGCACAUCUCCUUCUUCUUGGUGGGUUGCAUUGUGGUCACUUCCAUCAGAGGUCUACUGCUUACUCUCACCAAGUUCUUCUAUGCCAUCUCGAGCAGUAAGUCAUCGGACAUCAUUGUUCUUGUGUUGGCACAAAUUAUGGGAAUGUACUUUGUGUCAUCAGUGCUACUUAUGAGGAUGAACAUGCCAGCAGAGUACCGAACCAUCAUCACACAAGUGUUAGGUGAACUCCAGUUUAAUUUUUACCAUCGCUGGUUUGAUGUUAUUUUUCUUGUGAGUGCACUGUCAUCCAUUGGUUUCUUAUACUUGGCACACAAACAAGCAGCAGGAGAAGCUGGAUAGCUGGAACAACUAAUGUUUUUGUUUUCUUCUUCAGUUUUUCAAAAAUAAUAAGACAGCAUAAAAGGUCAUAUCCAGAAGUCCUGGUCAGAAUUAUUAAUUCCUUCAAAGCAGCCAGUCUCUUCUUGAUUUUACACAGUCCAAUUCUACCUUGUAUAAACUCGAGCACUUCUGAAAUUCGUUAAGAAUAAUUUUCAAUUUUAAGUCUGCUCCAGACUAAGAACCCACUGACACUCUCCUCAUUCCCACAUUUUGAGUUGUAAUUGUGUGAAAUGUGUCUUCUGCUGCAACUUAAUGAAUCAUUAUUCUUUUCUUGCCACAAGUGCAAACAUGAUUCAUUACUGUGAAAUGCUUAUGGAUUACCAGAAUGUGUAUUGUCUGAGAUUUGAGGUUCUCAUGUCAGUUGCUGUUAACUCCAAAUGCCAUGUCCAGCAUCUCAUGGCUUUCUGAGGGUGCCUUCCGAAUCAAUAUACUGAGUAGUAAACCCUGACUGAUAUGACAUAAUAAUAGAGAAAGUAUUUUGAGUUUCAGUUAUGUCUUACUGCUGAGAAUAUAUGUGAACUGUAUGCAAUAAUGUAACUUUACUUUUAAUAAGAAUUAUGACUUUCAUAAAAAAAAUUAUCAUGUAUUUAUGCUGGACUAUCAUGGUCAGGCAACAUGAAUGAGACAUGUCAGUAUACAGUAUGUAUAAGGAUACUUGUUAUAGAUAUUAAAAGGGUGGGAGGAAUAAUGGAAUAAAUAGGCAAGGUAAAA